AUGUCGUACGGAAUCUCACCCCACGACCAAGAGAAAGGUCAUCACUACCACCAUAACGACCAUGUCGACCAAGAAAAACCCACCACCGAGUUCGUUGAGCAUGCCGAUGCCUCCUCAUCCUCCCGACGAGACUCCUCGAUCCUCCAAACCCCCUCCGACCCCAAUGGGAAGUUAACAAGAAAACUCUUAUGGAAGCUCGACCUCCGCAUCCUCCCCAUGCUAGCCCUCCUAUUUCUGUUCUCUUUUUUGGAUAGGACGAGUAUAGGGAAUGCGAAAGUCUUGGGUCUGAAUGCGGAUCUGGGGUUGAGUAGUGGGCAGUAUGCGAAUUCUUUGGCGAUCUUUUUCGCGUUUUAUAUCGCCAGUGAAGUUCCAUCGAACUUGGUGAUGAAACGAGUCUCGCCCCGCUGGUGGUUGGCAGGACUGACGACCGUCUGGGGGGUGAUCGCCAUGUCUUUGGGGUUCGUUAGGAAUUAUACCGACUUGAUGGUCGUCAGAGCUUUCCUCGGGGUAGCAGAAGGAGGCCUCUUACCCGGCAUCGUGCUCUACCUGUCGAUGUGUUAUAAACGGAGCGAGAUGGCAUUGAGGUUGGGGUUGAUCUAUUCGAGUGCGAGUCUGUCUGGCGCGUUCGGAGGAUUACUUGCGACCGGUCUCAACAGGCUCGGCGGGAGCGGACACCUCCCCGAGACCUCCAUCCCGCUGAAAGGCUGGCGAUGGUUGUUCAUCGUCGAGGGGCUCAUGACCGUCGCCGUAGGACUCUUGGCCGCGCUGGUCUUGCCUCCCUCGUUGGACAAGGCCAAGUUCCUCACGCCGGAAGAGAGAAUCUUGGUUGUCGAUCGGUUGCAGAGGGAUAAACCGCAGGGGUCGGCCGAUGUGGACGCGUUCUCGUGGUUCCAGGUCAGGAGGGCCGUCUUUACCAUCCAGACCUGGCUCUCGGCUUCGGCGUACUUUUGCUUGUUGACGGCGCUCUACUCGUUUGGUCUUUUCGUCCCUACCAUUAUCAAAGGAUUAGGUUAUUCAGCCAUCGAUGCUCAGCUGUUCUCAGUACCUCCCUAUGCGGUAGCCGCAGUUCUGACGGUCAUCGCCGCCUUUGUGUCCGAUCGUUAUCGCAUCCGUGGACCCGUCAUGCUCGCUUUCAUCCCGCUCUCGAUCAUCGGUUACGCCGUCAUCCGGACGACCGAUCACAACAAGGUCAAGUAUGGCGCGUUGUUCUUGAUGGCCUCCGGCUUGUACCCUGCAGUCCCUCCUGUCCUCGUCUGGCUUUCCAACAACUCGGCGCCUCACUACAAGCGUGCCACGGCCGUCGGUCUGCAGCUGGCCAUCGCCAACUGUGGUGGAUUUCCAGCCACGUUCAUCUACCCUGCCGAACAGGGACCGGCGUUCGUCGAGGGGCACACCAUCGUCCUCGGCUUGCUCUGCGCCAGUUGGGUGCUGGUCGCCGCGAACUGCGCUUACUGUCGAUACCAGAACGCGCAGAAGCGAGCUGGUCAUAUGGAAAAGUUUAGAGGGUGCGGUGACGACAGGGAUCCCGAUUUCAUCUAUAUCAUUUAG